UGGUGGAAACAGUGCAGAAUUCAGGUGCUCAACACAGCGCCAAGUAAAAGUAUCACUGGAGAAGCCUAGAACAUCCGGUACAAUUGACGUCAUUAGGUGAGGUGACAGGGUGUGUUCUGCUGGCCAGCAAACUGAACCAGCGACCAUGGCGAUGAAAUCAAAAAUCGGAGCAAGCGGUGUGGAGGCUAUUUGGAGAGGACUGGACGCUGCUGCUGGUGCGAGCUGCUCUGCGGCUGGCUACAUAGCCUCUGAUUGACACAGUUGAGGGGUGGGGACGCAGGGUGGGGUCAGAACCAGGGAGAGGCGGAGGAGAGACGGAGAGAUCGAGCCCAACCCUGAACACGGCUACAACACACCGAGAGAGGCUGGGGGAGCGAAAGAGAAUUUUCGACGCUGGAGAUAUGCGUUAAAUGACUAGUCGAGGGAACAGUUAACGUUUCAUGUUUAAAAAUAAUCCUAAAGGUAGAAAACUGCAAGCAGGAAUACUAUUAUUCAAAUACACCCCGCCCGACCGAUCCCCCUACUCCACCCCUUCAGCCCUUCGCCCGCUUAGCUACCGAGAUGCACACGGAGACUCGUAACACGAAAUGCCAGUCGAGUCCCAAGAAGUCAAGCAGCGCUGCCAGUUCCGAGUCUGAGUCGGCCGCCACAGACGAGAUGCCCUCCAUCCAGAUCAAACCAGAGCCCGAAGAGCUGGAGUGCUCGCCAGCUGAAGGAGCAGAAGACUCUUCUCUGGCGCUUGACCUCAAAUGCAAAGCCUCGCCGCCGCCCCUCUGUGCCAUCGACACGCACCCUUCCUCCCCUUCCUCCGCCACGCGGGCCCAGCAGCACCACGACGACGAUGACCACGACGACACGCAUCACCGCGACAACAGUAACCACGACGACCACGACAGCCCCCAGACAGAGCCUGUUGACCUCUCCCUCAACAAGCCCCGCCCCUCGCUCGCCAAGCCCACCUCCACCAUCCUCUCGUCCAGUCUCAUGGCGCACGGCGGCUUGACGGCCGUCGCCACCACGGCGACGGCCAUCCCGGCCACGGUGCUGUCGUCGGGCUCCAUCCUGGCGUCGGCGUCGGGCAUGAUGGGCGGCCAGCAGAUCCUGCACGUCAUCCACACCAUCCCGUCCGUCACCUUGCCCAGCAGCAUGGGCAUGGGCCAGCUGCAGACCAUCCCCGUGGUGGUGCAGUCGCUGCCCGUCGUCUACACCGCCGUGCCCGCGGCUGCCGCGGCCGCUGCCGCUGCCGCUGGGGACGGUGGCAACAACGGCGUGAGCACGGCCGCCACAGCCGCCAUCACCGUCCCACUGAUCGGCAGCGAUGGACGCUCGGAAGGCUCGGUUCGCAUCAAGCCCGGCUCAACAUCCCCGGUGGAAUUCCAGAGUGAUAGCGAUGCUGAGAGUGGGACAGAGUCUGGAUCGGCGUCCUUCAGCACACCGGGACUGGACACGAGUUCUGGCGUGGACAUAGACCUGCCUGUAGAUCCCGACUCCCCUGAUAUGAAGAGGAGGCGAGUGCACAUGUGUGACUAUGAUGGCUGCAACAAAGUCUACACCAAGAGCUCCCACCUCAAAGCCCACCGGCGGAUACACACAGGAGAGAAACCCUAUCAGUGCACCUGGGAGGGCUGCACCUGGAGGUUCGCUCGCUCGGAUGAGCUCACGCGGCACUUCCGCAAGCACACCGGCAUCAAGCCCUUCCGCUGCACCGACUGCGACCGCUCCUUCUCUCGCUCGGACCACCUGGCUCUGCACCGGAGGCGCCACGUCAUGAUGUGAAACUGCCGUUGCCCACGCCACACACCCCACACCCCUUGAUAAACGAUCACCCCCACCCCCCACCCCCAUUGCCUCUCAUCUGUGGCAAAAAAAACUGUGACAUCCCCUCUGGGACUUUGCUAAGCUCCUCUCUCCGCCUGGUCUACGCUGCGGUGAUGCUCAUUUGUGGCAGAAGUGGGAUGAACCAUUUCCAGCAGCCUUCCCCAAGGUUGAGGUAUAGAGUGUUGUGCAUGUGGGGUGGCAGCCCAUUCUCAGCAUAACCCUCUGCCUGUCAGUACCCUCCUCUCCCACCCUAAACCGGCCACCUCUGUCCACCGCCAGCCCAGGUCAGGACAGUUACUGACGAGCAGAAACCAGAGGACCUGGCUCACUCCUCAGUCUGAAGUGGAGGAGAAGAAAAGAAACAACAACCGCUGAAACAGGGAAUCAUCUUUAGUAAACCGCAAAAAAAGAACAAGACAAGAGCAACAUUGUAUUGGAAGAGGAUGAGAUAUGUGAUGGUUUCUACCUUUCAGCUCAGAGGGUUGUGUUACGUAGCGUCAGUGUGAAGGUGUGGAGGCAUGUCCUCAGCUGUCUUGUUCCCGUUGACGUUCCCAUUUAGAUUGUUUUUCUCCUUUCGGAAACGUGUGCUUGUCUUGCAUUAUGUGCAUGGCAAGCCUCUCUCUGUGGUGCGUGUGUGUGUGUGUGUGUGUGUGUGUGUGUGUGUGUGUGUGUGUGCCUAGCAGUUUAACAUUUCAGAGAGAAAUAUAAUUUAAAGACAGUGGAAGAUGCUUCAAGCCCUUUUUGUUACCAACCUCCUCAGAACAAAUUUCAGAGGGGAGAACGUGUUUUAUGUAGUCUUAUCUAACCACCUAUCCCCAUCCCUUAAAAAACAAAACAAAAAAUCAGGAGAGGGCAAGGCAGAUACUCUUAAGACUGUGAAUUUUUCCUAUUUCCCAUUGUUGUAUCAAUCAGAAUUAUUUAUCCUCUGCAAUAUUUUAACUAAUUCAGUAACAGUAUUUGUGUUGUUCUUUUAUGAGAAAAAAAAAAAGCCUUUGAAAAUUUCUUCUUGCCAAAAUUGGCCAUGAAUAACAAAUGCAUUCUUUAACGAAUGUCAAUUUUGUUUAUUACCGCUCUUUUGUUCUGUGAAUUUGUGGAUUGCGUUUCUGGAUGCCGUGAAUAUGAAGGCAUGCCAGUCAUUGUGUGCGUGCGUGUGUGUGUGUGUGUGUGUGUGUGUUUCUUGUAAAGAAGACAUAAUCAGAGAUUUUAAGUGAAGUGUGUGUUAAUGGCACAUGUUGUGACUUCUCGCCCGUCAGAGCCUUAAAUGAAGUUUAAAAAAAAAAAGCGCAGAUCUGAUUUGUGCGUCUGGUUUUCAGGGUUCUGGAAGACUCCAGGGAGAGCGAAGGCGCCCUGAAUGCCCCCAACCCCCCACCUCUCGCAUUUGCACCUCGUCCAACACUUUUCAUGUCUUAAACGCUCAUGUUUCAGCCCCAUCCCUGGGUUCACUUGAUUAUGCAAAAAAAUCAACAACACAAACACAUGUGCUCUGGACACUGUAUCAAGCAUUUAUUGUGUCGGGGUUCACUCAGCGCACACGUGUGUGUCUUAGCCACCCGCUGUGAGAAAAAAAAAAACCUAUCUGAGGGCGUCUGUGGCCCUUUUGUUCAAGCUAGCUGGCAUAGCCAUCGUCCUCAAUUCAAGUGCUAGUGAGAGGUGGGAAUGAGUUGGAGAGCUGCAAGCCUCUCAUAAUAAAAUGCUUUAUGGAAAGAAACAAUGUUUUCUCCCCAAGUCCAGCCUUUGUAAUUUGAGCGCAUGCCUAACGUCAGUGGUGGUGGCAUGGUCUUUUUGGUCAAGAAAGCAAUGCAAUCUUCAGAUUUUUCUAUCAUCCUCCGAUUCAACUAUUAAAAUGUUACUAAGCACAUCUUUGUAGAAGAGUUAUAUGCAUUUGAUUGCAAUUCUUUCUUUUGUAAACUUCAUAGACCUACAGACAAUGAUUAAUGAAAAAUAAAAUAUGUACAUACUGUAUAUAAUCAGAAGUUCAGAAUAAAUGUAACGGGUGGAUUUCUAUUUUUAACACUGACUAGACAAUGUGAAAUACUCGUUUGUUUGUUUGUUUGUUUUGCUCUAUUGGUUCUAUGAAACAUGUCCUUUACAAACAAAAACAAAAUCAUUAUUUUUUCUGAGUUAUUGUUAUAUUAUUCUGGUUCUCAGACCAUCCCCACUUGUGGUGUUCUUUUGUAUUGCAUGGAGAGUAGCCUUUUUGUUUUGGUUGUGAUGUUGGUCAGCAUGCUAGUGGGAUGGUUCCCGUGCAGACGUGGCCUGCAAAGCACUGGUUAUCCCGAAACAAAUGUCCAAACGUGCAGUAGAGCUGUGGUCAGUGAGGGAUGGCGCUCCCACCAGGUGUUGCCCCUAGGCCUACAGCACCCCAUGAACUCUGUUGAGUGAAGGCUUGGGUGUGAUAGUCUUGUCAACACAGCAAAAACAUCUGUGGAGCAUGUGUUGCCUUUUUCCCUCAUAAUUUCUAUUCUCCUCAACUCCUGUUGCUUUCCCACAAUAGAGAAGUGAAGUCAAAUGUGGGCAAAGGUGCUGUGAGCGUGGCAAACUGUCAUGUUUCACCCUGAGAGCGGGACCCUUACUCCCCAAAGGAUAAACACAGUAAAGUAAUAUCUAAUCACCACCAGGUUUCUUUUCUGAGCUGAGACUGACCACUUAAAAACAAUACAUUUGCAUAAUGUACGGAUCUUAGAAUUAAUUGGUUUAAAACGUGUGUGUGUAUCUGUGUGUGUGUGUGUGUGUGUGUAUGUGUGUGUGGUGUUUGUGUGCAUGAUUACUAUUAUAUUUUUUUUGGUCUGUGUGUACGCUUGUGUGCACACAUUGUGUGCGGUUGUGGUGUGUGUGUGUGUGUUUGUGUGUGUGUGUGCGCCAGUGCGUGAGUGUGUGCAGGUGUGUGAGUGUGCUUCCUAUCACAAAUCAAAUCUUCUUUAAUAAAGGUAAAUCAGAAAUCAUAGGUAUUUUAUAUUGAAUGCAGUAACUUAUGGGCCAGUACUAUAUUAUACAGUGCAAUGCAGUUAUCGUUAUAAUAAUACAAGUAAUUAAUGUUCAUUCUUUUGUAUUUGUACAGAACAAAUGUGUAAAGAUCAGUGAGGAAAACGCGCACUUUUUGAUACUGUGAGAAAUGGUGUUAAAAGUCAGUUUCCCCUGUACAGUUGUGAUUAUCCACUUCUUUUAUAGAAUAAAAUGUUUUUGGUGCA